CGCCAGAGGGCGGCCAAACAAGCAAGCAAGCAUGGGAAGAUUGUGAUCGCGGAAGCCUCGUAGCCAAGGUCCAAGUUGCCCCAGAAGAUUGUGAUGAGUAGAUUCUACCAGGAAUAUAAAGUUGAUAUUUUCACAAAUAUUUAAUAUUUUAAUGACUUCAUCUAUGCUACAAUACUUAAAUAAGUGGUAUUCUUUCAAUAAGAUGUGUUUAACUUUACAUAAUAUUCCAAGGAACUAUUUUAUAUCACAUCAUUUUUCAAAAUGUUUAGAAAAUGGAGAUAGUGCAAAAGCUCAAUUAUUACUUCAGUUAGUGAAACCAUCUAGUCAGAAGGACAAUCUUUCAUCCUCAAGAAUUUUAAAGAAAUUAGAACUUACUAAAUCAGUCCAGGAAGUUUUACUAUUAACAAGUUUUCAAAAUAGUCUUGGACCAAAUGAAUUGGCUUUUUCAUUAAAAACUCUAAAAGAACAUCAGUAUUUGUUGCUAUCUACUUAUUGUUGGGCUUAUAAUAAUGAAAGAAUUUUAUGGGUGCAAUCAAAAAUUGAUACUGAUAUUCAAAAAAAUUUUUAUCCACUGUUAAAAUCAUCUGAAUUUAUACAAAUCUGCAAUGCCUUAAAAGAUUCCUUUGCUUCAUUAUCUAAUACUGAGCUUUUAAUAAGUUUACAUUCAUUAUUACGUCUUCAUUUUCCUUGUGAUCACGUACUGAGUAUGUUAUUACAACAAGAAUGUUUGCAAAGAAGUCAUAAAUUUGAUUUAAUGGAACUAUCCUUAUUUGCUUCAAUAGGAAAUAUGCUACAAAGAGGUGGAAUCUUUAUUAAUAGCCUUACAUGCAAUCAUUUAGAAAAACUUUUAAAGAAUGAUGAAUUAACACCUGUAAACUUAAAUUACUUGAUUGAUAUCUUAUGUCAUACUACUUAUUUUUUAUCCUCAGAUUUUAUUGAAGAACUUCAGACAAAAGUGAUAAAAGUUAUAAAACAGAAUGAAAAUAAUAUUUCAACAUCAAGUUUAAUUAGUUUACUUGAAACAUUCCUUAAUAAAUUAGGAAAAAUUAAUACCAGUUUUUUGGAUGAGAUUUAUAAGAAUUUAUCUCUCAAUAUAGAAACCUUGAAUAUACAUCAGCUAAGAGACAUUUUAUUUUUGCUUACAUUUUAUAAUUAUUCAACAAAAGAAAUUAUAGAAAUUAUUAAAAGAAGAGCACAUGAAAUAUUUUGUAAUGGUUAUCUCUCUGCUUCAGAUGUUGUUAGUUUUCUUAAUGUAUUUGAUAUUUGUGGAUGGAGUGAUGGAUGUACUGAAAAUGUAAAGCAUUUAUUGUCUUUACAUAUUCCUGAAUUUGACGUUCUUCUUUUAAAACAUGCUGCUAGUAAUAAAUUUCUGCAUAAUUGCCUGGAUAAGAAUAUUUUAGACAAAUUCAGCAAUCGUGUAUUAGUAAAACUUCAAGAUCUUUCUGGAUCAAUAUCUUGUCUUUUAAGUGUUUUAAAAUUGUAUUCAAAAAUUAAGUAUAAAAAUCAAUCAUUUCAUUUUCAUCUUAGAGAAACAGUUCUUCAGUUAAUUGAAAAAAAGGUAUUUCACACUGGACAUCUUGGAAUAUUUUAUCAAUAUCUUCUUUCUUCAAAUCAUAAAGACUCAACAGCUUUUGUAAUUAAUAAUGUUAAGCAUAAUCUUUCUCAGUUUUCACUUUCAGAAAUUGUCCUUAUUAGUAAGCAGUUAAAUUUUUCAAAUACACAAACUGCAUUUACAUAUAAUUGUCAAUCAGAAAUAAUGUUGAAAAAUUUAAAAAAAUGUAUAUCUCAUAGACAAAAUGAAAUUCAAAAUUUAAAACAGUUAAAUGUUGUUCUUAAAAAUUUCCCUCAAAAAUACUUUAUAAAUGAGAAUAAUUAUUUGAAUAUACCAGAACUUUAUGAUCGAUUGGCAAGCACUGUGGAUUUAAAAACAAUAAAAUGGUCAUGCAGUUAUCUAACUAGAGAAAUGAUAUAUCUUCCAAAGACAUUACACAUAUUCACAAGUUUUAUACAAGAAAAUUUAAAAAGACUUGCAUUACCAAUAAUUUUAUCAUUUCUGCAAUUGUGUGCUUUGGUUAAUUUUACACCAGAUAACUUAGAAGAUAUAAUAAAAAUUAGUAUAGUGCAAUUAAAAGAUGAAAAUAAUUUAUUAAAAAAUAUCAAUCUGUUAUCGUUAACUCAUUGUUGUGUUGUUCUUGGAUAUUUUCCGCAUGAAAUUAUACAGCUAAUUUUUAACAUUCAAUUUGUGAAAAAUUUUGACAAGUUUUGUGAAGAAAAUCCAAAUAUCCAAAAUAAAUUUAUUCAGAGAUUCUUUGAUGUAAAUUGCUGUACAGUUCUUGAAUGCCCAGAAAUAGAUGUACCUUGGUUUCAUCAAUAUUUUGAAAAUGAAAGAGAAGAGAGUGCUCAUUAUGAUUAUUCUAAAUGGAAUGAAAUUGUGAAAUGUUCUUUAAUAGAAGUAUUAGGUGGACCUGAAUUUUUAAAAACUAAGAGGAUACAUUAUCCAUACCAUUACAAAAUAGAUAUGGAAUGCUGGUUAACAAAUGACAAUAUUCCAAUUUGUUAUAAAGAUAUAACAAAAUUAAAAUCUGUAAAGAAUGUAGAAAGAAUUGCUAUUUUAAUUCUGCAACCUCAUCAUUUAUGCUCCAAUGUGCCACAUCUGCUAGGAACUACAAAUAUGAAGAUACGUCAUCUGCAGUUGUUAGGAUACAGAGUAGUAAAGAUACCAUAUACAGAUUUAAAUUGUUUUGAAAAUGAAGAAGAUAGGUAUAAAUAUUACAAGUUCUGUGAACACAAGGUCAAGGACACUAAUGUUCCCUAUGGAGCCACCGUAUAUCCUUAG